AAAAGCUAAUUUUUGUUUUCAUAAUUUUUUACGAUAUAACCAAUUUUGACUUUAUGGCUAUGUUUCUAGUGUGAACCCUCUCCCAAUGAAAAAGUUGUAUUCAUGAAUCUAAACGUUCUCUUGUGUUUCAAAACGAUUACAAUUUCAAAAGUUUGCCUCCCAUGAUUGGUGUAAGAUGCUGUAAACAUAAUAUUUUCGAUGAAAAUAUCAAUUCCAUUAAUAGCGUACACAUUCCGAAAACAACACUAGAGAAUGAGUGGCCCAGAAAUAUUUUUCGCUCGAGCAGUAUUUAUUUUUAGCCUCCACGUGGUGGCGAUAGUCUGCGUUUAACCAGUUUGCACGAGACGCACGAGAAGAAGAACUCACCCUCGUCAUCAGCGACAAACAUGGCGGCGCGCACUCGCUUGCCCUUGCAGUCAUUACUUCAUAAAAAUGGACAUGUGUUUAGAAGCGACCGGAUCGUUCAUACAAAAACAGCAAUUCAGGAGCCUGUAUACCCUCCAAUUGUACCGUCGCUGACCGCUAAAAGUAAGUCUGCAAAAGGACGUCAGAUUGCAGAACACCUUGACAAAAUACGUGCCGCCGAUGUGCAGGAAAAACUGACAUUCCUCACACGAGUUCAGCGAAAGAAGUAUGUGUUGUGUCCGCAAACCUUUGCUCUUAAUGCUGAUAAAUGGUAUCAGCACUUCACAAAGACUGCAUACCUACCUGGCUUACCUGAGAAGUUCAUUGUUGAAGAGACCAAGGAGGAAUCGGUACCUGACACUCAGAAUGCGUCAUCCACCAUUGACGAAACUGCAUUUGCAGACAUCCGUUCCCAUGUCUGCCAUUCAAUUUUACAAGAGAACUGGUACAUGAAGAAACGUCAACCGUUCUUGCAAAGGGAACAAGAACAUUAUGUGGCACCUUUUAUGAGAAACCUGGUAUCUGGACUCACACACACUAUGGCCAAACACAACCCUGUACUCCAGCUGUCAAGUUUAGAUCUUGACCCUCAGGUAAGCUUCUACUGGAUGAGAGGGCAGAGGACCAUUCCAAGGGGACAUCGGGGUGGCCGCGUCGAGCCAAUCAGAUUCCAGAUUGAUGAUAAGCCACACAGUCAGAUAAGGAUACCUCAACAACUUCCACAGUUUGUUCCCCUUGAGGUGGUGAUGUCUGCUGAUGUCCCAGAGAUAAAGUUUGCCCCAGACCUGCUUCCCAUGUUCAGGAGACAGUAUGAGAACAAUAUCUUCACAGGAGCCAAGCUUCAUGAUCCAGGCUGUUACGGCCACACCCAGUUCCACCUGGUCCCUGACAGGUACCGCAGGGACAAAAUGGCCAAACGGAAUCUGACUGACCAGGUCGAGGUCUACCUGAGAGCCAAUGGCAUUGCCAGUCUAUUUGCAUGGACAGGAGCACAGGCCAUGUAUCAAGGUUUCUGGAGCCAUGAGGACGUGACCAGGCCUUUUGUGUCCCAGGCUGUGAUCACCGACGGCCAGUACUUCUCCUUCUUCUGCUACCAGCUCAACACCCUAGGCCUGUCCAUAGAGACGGACGCUGGGAACCCCAGGAAGAACGUGUGCUGGGGGACAGACAGCAUGCGUCUGUAUGAGGGGGUGAAGGAUGGGGCUGUGGUGGGGCUGGAUGACAGGGUCCUCAAGCUCCUGGUCCAGUUCCUACUGAACAGGUCAGGUUGACAUGGAGAAUUUAGUGUUUGUGGGAGGAAGGAAGGGUUUUUGUUGAAGUGUUUCCAUCUGUAUUCAACAUUGGCAAAUAUCAACUAAAGGACACAACUGAACAUACAUACAGUACAUCGCUGUUAUAAUCUGGCAGAAUGUAUUCAUGUAGAAUGGAAUAAAAAAAAAUAUUUAAAUGGA